AUGGCUUAUACCCUCAAGGAAAACUGUUUCGCUGAGACGUUUGUUGCCCCGCAGUGGCUGCCUGGAGGCAAUUCGUUCUGGUACCGUCGACAAGUAGAUACGAACAGAUAUACGGGCAGAUUCAGGUUUAUCCUUGUUGAUAUUCUUGCCAAGUCUGCCAGACCUGCCUUUGAUCAUCACCAACUGGCUUGUGCCCUUGAGGGAAUUGCAGAAACUGAAAUCAACCCAGAGAAACUGCCAUUCUCCUGGAUCGAACUGCAAGACUCUCUCGUUCGCUUCCGCUUCAAGGGCCAGAUUUGGCAAUAUGAGCCUGGACAAAGCUUGUCGAAAUGGCCGGGGAAGUUUACUCAGGGAAACACUUUGCUGAUGCGGAGACAGGAGCCCUGCGGCCCUACCUGGUCUGCACCGCACGCCACAGUCAGCUUUGUCAACACUACGAGGUCAAGGCUGAGUCUGUUCACCGUGGACCGAAAUGGAGCAGCGAAUUACUUCAUGCCUAUCCCAUGUGGCAAGACAGUGUUCCAAAAAACAGGUGUCGGGGCUGUCUGGAGAAUUGAGGAUGGAAAUACGGGCCAGCUGAGAGGCAUUUAUUGUGUCACAAGCCCUGGAUAUAACGUUGUAUAUGUGGGCGAGGUUAAUGUCGAUGAGUAUUUGGGCCAGAAGGGGGAACUUCCCCAUGGCUGGGAGCAGCGGACAGAUGAGAACGGGCGUGUGUACUAUUUGGAUCAUAACACUAGGACUACCCAUUGGGACUGCCCUACCGUUGCUGGUGCUGCGGAUGCUCAGUUAGAGAGUGGCGACGAGGUGGAAGAGGAUGACAAGGCUGAAAAACAGCAAGUCACCCUCGUUCAAGAAGAACUGAGUGGCGAAGGCCGAACCGAAAUAUAUGUUCGGGACAGCAAUUUGUGGCUGAAAGACGAUGAAGGCAGCGAGUUUCUGCUUGCAGAAUCAUCUGAUCCCGGGGACUCUCACUACGACGGAUCCAUGCUUUACCUUUCUCCGAACAACGGUUACGCCGUUGCUUGGCAGUACACAUCUGGCAGCUUCACUGAUGAAUACUGGAUUGAGUAUUGUUCGGACCGUCAAUCUCAUCCAAGGUUGAUCAAAGAACAAAAAUCGUUUCCAACGGACACACUUCGAGUUGAUCGCCCUCGUCUUUUCAAUCUUGCAUCAAAAUGUGAAGUUCCGACAGAGGAUGCUCUAUUCUCAAAUCACUAUCAACUACAUCACCUGGGAUGGAGUCGGGAUGGAUCAGAGUACCGAUUCUUGUACGAUGGGCGCGGCCACCAGGUCUUAAAAGUUCUGGGCAUACAUCGAUCUGGGCCAAUCCGCGUAUUGUACGAAGAGAAGAGCAAAACAUUCAUUGACGUCACAUCAAAGCUAUACUAUACCCAUUUAUCUGGCUCUGAUGAAAUGAUAUGGGCUAGUGAGAGAGAUGGCCAUAAUCAUUUAUAUCUGAUCGACUUACAACAAGGCAAGAUACAUGGCCAGAUCACAAAGGGCGAUUGGAAUGUGGCCAUGGUGGAACGUGUUGAUGAGAAGACCCGGAGAAUUUGGCUGUCUGCAUAUGGAUUCCACCCGGGCGAAGACCCGUACCACUUACAUCUAGUUCGUGUCAACUUUGAUGGUACUGGAUGCCAAGCCUUAACAGAUGGAGAUGGAACCCAUACUUGGAGCUGGCCAUUUGAUACGUGUAGCCAACGAUUCUUUGUUGACUCUUGGUCACGGGUCGACCUCCCACCGCAGACUGUGGUACGAUGCUCAGAGACGGGCACUGUUCAAUUGAAACUUGAGGGUAUCUCCGCUGAAGAGCUCAAGCAGCACGGCUGGGUCCCGCCUGAAAGGUUCCAUUGCCCUGGACGAGAUGGAAAAACCUUGAUUUACGGCAUCAUUACCAAGCCCCGCAACUUCGACGAAACUCGUCGCUAUCCUGUAAUCGAGUCAAUAUAUGCAGGCCCACACGAUUUCUUCACACCGAAAAGCUUUGGACAAGUUGCUCACAAUGAUGACUGGGCAACCAAAGGCUAUAUCUCGGUUCAGCUUGAUGGAAUGGGUACCAAUUGGCGCUCUAAGCAAUUCCACGAUGUUUGUUAUAGGAAUCUGAAUGAUGGAGGUUUCCCUGAUCGUAUCAUCUGGAUAAAAGAGGCUGCAAAGACACGGCCUUGGAUGAACUUGGAUCGAAUGGCUAUUCUUGGGUCAUCUUUUGGAGGGUAUAAUGCUGCAGCCGCGUUGCUUCAUUUUGGCCACUUCUAUAAGAUUGCUGUUUCUGACUCAGGUGCACAUGAUGCUAGCCUGGUCCCUCUUUGGUGGGCUGAACAGUGGUUAGGCUAUCCAGUUGGCAACUUAUCAUUUGCCAAACAGUCAAAUGUGAGCCAUGCUGGGAGGCUUCCAGAUGAUGCAAGGCUAAUGCUUGUGGUUGGAGGAAUGGAUCCGGCCCUCAAUCCUGCAUCAACUAUGAGAUUCGUUCAGCAACUGAAUAAGGCGGGGAAGGUGUAUGAAUUCGUUUUUAUUCCAGACGGGGGCCAUAACUGUAGUUCGCAUGGAUAUGGGCUGAAGCGAGUGAAAGCGUUUUUAAAGCGUCACUUGAGAUCAACUAAGUAG